AGAACUUCGGAUUUAAUGUUAUUUCUAAUUUUUGUAAUUUAUUAUUGAUGGGCAAAGUUGACAUUAGCCUUCGAAAUAAUUGAGGAGUCAACAUAAUGAAUUUUCUCGAUGCCCCUUCUCUCAAUUGUAACGAGUUUAGUUUCUGUUAUAGUUGGAUUUUGUUUCGUGAAAACUUAGAACAAAUCAAGCAGUUAUUUAGAUUAUAUAUAUUUAAUAGUGUAAAAUUAUACAGAAUUAAAUAAAUUUUGUUGACAAACUAUAUUUAGAAAGUUUUAAAUCAGGAAUUUUAUUAUACUGAAGAGUAAACUUUAGAUAAAGAAAAUUAAAUAAUGGCUGCUUCUCAAAAGUUACUCUAUAGUUCUGUGGUGGUUAUUAUCAUUGGCGUUUUUACAAAGCUGUGGCUGUUUGGAGCUAUUGUAAGAUUUGGAAUUAAGGAUCAAGUGUCCUUAAAAAAAAGUAACGAAGUUAGAGCAGUUUACCUUAAACUUCCAUUUCCACUAAACUUUAAGCUUUAUUUUUUUAAUGUUACAAACCCACAAGAAAUCCAAAAUGGCGAAAAACCAAUAGUCAAUGAAGUAGGACCAUAUUGGUAUGAUGAAUUUAAAGAAAAAGUCGACGUAGUAGAUAAUGAAACAGAAGAUAGCCUCACGUACACACCAUAUGAUCUAUACCAAUUUAAUCAAAAUAAAUCUGGGAGCCUACGAGAUGAUGAUUAUAUAACUAUUAUUCAUCCCGUCAUAGUAGGCAUGGUAAACAUAGUAAUGAAAAACUCUCCAGUCUUUCUCUCUAUAGUAAACCAAUCGCUAGAAGCAAUAUUUAACAACCCCAAAACAAUUUUUUUUACUGGAAGGGUAAAAGAUCUUUUAUUUGACGGUAUUGAUCUAAAUUGUACAAGUUCUGGUUUCGCACCUAAAGCAAUUUGUUCGCAGUUGAAGACUCAAAUUCCAGGGAUUAAAUAUCGGCAAGAUAAUGAAAAUAUUUAUUUAUUUUCAAUGCUAGGACCGAGAAAUGCGUCUCACAAUAAAAGACUUAAAGUUCUAAGAGGUAUUUCAUAUUCCAAAGAAUUAGGUAGACUUAUUGAAGUUGAUGGAGAAAAAGAGGUAUCUUUUUGGAGCACAUCAAAAUGCAAUAGUUUUGACGGUACGGAUGGUUGGAUAUUUCCGCCUUUAUUGGCAGCAGAUGAGGGACUAAAAUCUUAUUCCACGGACCUUUGCAGAAAUAUGAAAGUAAACUACGUUAAUGAUACCGUAUAUAAAAAAAUACAUGUACGCUAUUAUGAAACAAAUCUAGGGGAUCAAAGUACCAAUGCAGAAGAAAAAUGCUAUUGUCCAUCAGAAGAUAUUUGUCUUAAAAAAGGAGUCUUCGAUAUGACUAAAUGUAUGGGAGUUCCCUUAUAUGCUACUUUACCUCACUUUUUAUACACUGAUGAAAGCUACAUAGAGCAGCUGACUGGGCUUCGUCCUGAUCCAUCAAAGCAUUCCUUGGGUGUCCUUUUUGAACCUAUGACAGGAACUCCUCUAUUUGCAGCAAAAAGGAUGCAAUUUAAUUAUGAUCUUAAUCCUACGACGAAAGUUGCCUUAUUUUCAAAGUUACCUUCAUUAUUGUUUCCUAUUUUUUGGCUCGAAGAGAGCAUUGACUUGGAAGGAGAUCUUCUUAAAAAACUACAAACCAUUUUCCUCUUACUUUUUUUAGCAGACAUAUUUUUAUAUCUUUUAAUAUUAUUUGGGGUCUGCUGCCUUGCAAUGGCAAUAUAUUUUCGCUUUAAAAAUCGCAACGCUAUUGCAAUAACCUCAGUUACAGAAGCAAGAAGCUAUGAAAAUCCAGGGUUUCUAAAUAACGAUAUGAAAAGAUCGAAUAAAAAGGCCGGUUUUACUGAAAAAAUGGAAAAUAUUAACCACGCCCUGACAGGACAUGAAUUUGAUAGAUAUUAGUUGCAGACACUACUUAUAGUAUUUUUAGAGAACACAAAUCACUAGCAGCCGAUGGGCUAAGCAGGUACUUUUGCUAACACCUACAGGCCUACUAAUUAUGCUAUAAUUAUGAUAUUACCGUAAUACAUUUAAUUUAUAAUAGGAAUAGGUAGUUAAUUUAAUUAUUUUAGUGCACUUGAUCUUGUUUAAAUUUUUAGACUUAUUUUAUACUAAUAAAAAGGCGGUUAGAAUAUAUAUAGAAGAAUCUUGUUUUAAUUUUUAUUGUUCACAAUUUUUGUUACUUUUGUAUUACAUUUUUAUAUUUUAACAAUUUUCUAUAGUAUUGUGUAUACAAUAUACCCGGUGGUGCGUCGCCGAGCGGAACAUAGGAAAUCCCAUGUAAAUUUUAAGGGGUUCAUUUAUUGGCUUCCCUGUACAUU